UGCUACACCAGCAUCUAGACGUCCUAUAGAUCAAGUUACCAACUGCUUUCAUUGUGAUUGUUUACUCCCAGAUGCUGUUUGAGACACUAUAUGAAGUUAUGUGGAAAUGAGAGAGAUUCAUCAAACCCCUUCUCCGGGAGAGAAUGUCUUUCAUAAAUGGAGCUUUGCUUAUGGUUGUCACAGGACAUUGACACUGCAGCAGAACCAUGGCUGCCAUUCUUGGUAGUUUCAGUAAUUCACAGAACAUCUGAACAGAGAUGCUUGCCUUGGAUUUACAGAUUUUCAUCCUGAUACUUUGUUUACUACUUUGGGGCAGGAAAACUUGCACUAAUUGCUCUCCAUGGUGGCUAAUCUUUUCAAGAGCCUGAUUUUACCUUACAUACAUAAGCUUUGCAAAGGAAUGUUUACAAAGAAACUGGGAAAUACAACCAAAAAAAAAGAGAAUCGUCAGCACAAAAAGGAUCAAGACUUUCCUACUGCUGGCCAGACCAAAACCCCUAAAUUUUCUAAUACCUUAAAAAGCACUGUAAAGAAGAUUGCGAAGUGUUCAUCUACUCGCAACUUAUCCACUGAAGAAGACGAGACUAAUAAAGAAUUUUCCCUCUCACCAACAUUCAGUUACCGAGUAGCUAUCGCCAAUGGCCUACAAAAGAAUAUUAAUGUAACUAACAGUGAUAAUGAGGAUCUGCUUCAAGAGUUAUCUUCAAUUGAGAGUUCCUAUUCAGAAUCACUCAACGAACUAAGGAGUAGUACAGAAAACCAGGCACAGUCAACACACACAAUGCCAGUUAGACGCAAUAGAAAGAGUUCAAGCAGCCUGGCCCCCUCUGAGGGGAGUUCUGAUGGAGAACGCACUUUACAUAGCUUAAAGCUAGGAGCUUUACGCAAACUGAGAAAAUGGAAAAAGAGUCAGGAAUGUGUUUCAUCAGAUUCAGAGUUGAGCACAAUGAAGAAAACCUGGGGAAUAAGAAGUAAAUCUUUGGACAGAACUGCACGAAACCCAAAGACAAAUGCCCUCGAGCCAGGAUUCAGUUCCUCUGGCUGCAUUAGCCAAACACAUGAUGUCAUGGAAAUGAUCUUUAAGGAACUUCAGGGGAUAAGUCAGAUCGAAACGGAACUCUCUGAACUACGAGGGCAUGUCAAUGCUCUCAAGCAUUCUAUAGAUGAGAUCUCCAGCAGUGUGGAGGUUGUACAAAGUGAAAUUGAGCAGCUACGUACAGGGUUUGUCCAAUCUCGGAGGGAAACCAGAGACAUUCAUGAUUAUAUUAAACAUUUAGGUCAUAUGGGUAGCAAGGCAAGCCUGAGGUUUCUAAAUGUGCCUGAAGAAAGAUUUGAAUACACUGAAAGUGUGGUGUAUCAAAUUCUAGUAGAUAAAAUGGGCUUUUCAGAUGUACCAAAUGCAAUUAAAAUUGAAUUUGCUCAAAGGAUAGGACACCAGAGGGACUGCCCAAAUGCAAAGCCUCGACCCAUACUCGUGUACUUUGAAACCCCUCAGCAAAGAGAUUCUGUGUUAAAAAAAUCAUACAAACUCAAAGGAACAGGCAUUGGAAUCUCAACAGAUAUUCUUACUCAUGACAUAAGAGAAAGAAAAGAAAGAGGGAUACCAUCCUCCCAGACAUAUGAAAGCAUGGAUAUAAAGCUGUCUACUCCAGAGCCCAAAAGCAAGAAGAAUAAUUGGCAGUCACCUGAUGACAGUGAUGGAGAGCUGGAAUCUGACCUCAAUAGAAAUAGUUAUGCUGUGCUUUCCAAGUCAGAGUUUCCAACAAAAGGAAGUACUUCCAAGUCAAGUUCAAAAUCACACAAUUCAAGAGCCAAGAAUAAAACUGCUAGUGGCAGCAGAAUUUCAAGUAAGUCUGAUUAUGAUAAAAUUUCCUCACAAUUGCCAGAAUCAGAUAAUUUGGAAAAACAAACUACAACCCAUUAUGCAGAUGCUACACCCCUCUGGCAUUCACAGAGUGAUUUUUUCACUGCUAAACUUAGUCGUUCUGAAUCAGAUUUUUCCAAGUUGUGUCAAUCUUACUCAGAGGAUUUUUCAGAAAAUCAGUUUUUCACUAGAACUAAUGGAAGUUCCCUCCUGUCAUCUUCAGACCGAGAACUUUGGCAGAGGAAGCAGGAGGGCACAGCCACCUUGUAUGACAGUCCUCAGAAUCAACAUUUGAAAGGGGCACUUCAGGGUGUCCAAGGGCAGAGUGAAAUUGAGAACACAGAAACUGUGGAUAGUGGUAUGAGUAAUGGUAUGGUAUGUGCAUCUGGGGACCGAAGUCAUUACAGUGAUUCUCAGCUCUCUUUACAUGAGGAUCUUUCUCCAUGGAAGGAAUGGAGUCAAGUAGAGCAAGGCACUGAUUUAGGUUUAGAUUCAUUCACCCAGGAAGCUUUUGACUAUGACACAAACAGUCUAUCUGAUCAACAACUAGAUGUUUACAAUAAAGACCUAGAAGACUUGGGAAAGGGCCAGAGUGACUUUCAGGAUGACUCUGAGAGCUAUGAUUUAACCCAAGAUGACAAUUCAUCUCCAUGCCCUGGGUUGGAUAAUGAACCACAAGGCCAAUGGGUUGGCCAAUAUGAUUCUUACCAGGAAGCAAAUUCUAAUGAUCUGUACCAAAAUCAAAACCAAUUGUCCAUGAUGUAUCGAAGUCAAAGUGAAUUGCAAAGCGAUGAUUCAGAGGAUGCCCCACCCAAAUCUUGGCAUAGUCGAUUAAGUAUUGACCUUUCUGAUAAGGCUUUCAGUUUCCCAAAAUUUGGAUCUACAUUACAGAGAGCUAAAUCAGCAUUGGAAGUGGUAUGGAACAAAAGCACACAGAGUCUCAGUGGGUAUGAAGAUAGUGGCUCUUCCUUAAUGGGGAGAUUUCGGACAUUAUCCCAAUCAACUGCAAAUGAGUCAAGUACCACCCUUGAUUCUGAUGUCUACACAGAGCCUUUUUACUACAAAGCAGAGGAUGAGGAGGACUAUAGUGAACCAGUGGCUGAUAAUGAGACAGAUUAUGUUGAAGUGAUGGAGCAAGUCCUUGCAAAGCUAGAAAACAGGACUAGUAUGACUGAAACAGAUGAACAAAUGCAGGUAUACGAUCAUCCUUCAUAUGAAACACCUUAUGAAACCCCACAAGAUGAGGGUUAUGACGUGCAGGCAGAUGAUAUGGUUAGUGAAGGAGGAUUGGAGCCAUUAAAUGAAACAUCAGCUGAAAUGGAAAUAAAAGAAGAUGAAAACCAAAACAUCCCUGAACAGCCCAUGGAAAUCAUAAAGCCAAAGAGAAUUCGUCCUUCUUUCAAAGAAGCAGCUUUAAAAGCCUAUAAGAAACAAAUGGCAGAAUUAGAAGAGAAGAUCCUGGCUGGAGGUACUCAUGUUUACAUGCUACAUUUUGAGCUAGUUGUAUUUUAA